GUAAAUAUGUCCAUGUCAAUAUGAUUCAGAUUCUGGUGCGUUAGCAAUUUGAUUUACCACAAUCAAGAAAAAUAAUGAAGUCCUCCUUGCUCCGUCUACCAGGGUCGAAUCCAAAUCCUCUUUGCUGUCGAAUGAACCAGCGGGUCAAGAAGAUGCUACCAACGGCUUUCCUCCUUGUUUCCUCUCUGCUAGGGGCCGUGAUGGCGGCGCGCAUGGGACUUCCAGAGCCACAAAACUUAUGAUUUACAUGAACGUUACAGCACUAAGCUGCCUUUGAGCUUGUGGUUGUGCUUGAGGACUAUAGAAAAUAACCUGAGAAUAUAGUGUAGCAGUAGCUGCCGAGAUAGAUUUAGAGAAGAGAUUGAGAUCUAUUUGGAUUUCUGUUUGGUUAUUACAUCUUCGAGGGAGAAGCAAGAGCAACUACAACCAAGCCAGUUGAAGGCCAUCCGCUAAAAAACGCUUUUUUACUACCAGGAGGGAGAGGCCGUACUGCCUUGCAGCAGCCUCUGUUAUCUAGCAGAUACGGUGAAGACAGUAAAGCGGAUGAACACCCGAACACUAGAGAUGGCACGCCUAGGCUACACCGAUGGAAAACAGGGGCUGCUAGAUAUAUGGCGCCAAAUAGCCGACGGGGCGCCUCCCGAGAGCGUCGUUCCCUGGAGGAAGGAG